CACUAUCUAUACGGGAUGAUUCACUGGCUCAGAGUCAGUUUCAUUCACACCACCCUCUUCCUGGAAGACCUUCACAGGGGCUCUUCAGCUGAUAUCUCCCACUAGAACGUCUUCUACUUUCUUUUCUUUGUUUUCUACCCAUUCGCCCUGCCCGAGAUUGUGGUCGAACAAGAUCUUCGGGCUACUUGACUGUCAUGCACCGCCAACAACGUACCGAUCUUUUAAUAACCCGCUAUUACUACCAUUCCGCUCCGAAGAUGCUGUCACGUUCCACGACAACGGGGAACGACGAGUCGACGCCGAUAACCGAGUUGUCAUCAUCACGCUCAUCCGCUGCUGAGAGCAUGCGAAUCACCCCCGACCCUGUCCCGCCGUCAACCGUGCUAGCCAUGACAGGCCAGUACCCCCCACAGACCUACAGAGGACUACAAGAUCUCAAUAGAGAGAUCGUCGCUCUUCAGGACCGGCUAAGGCAGCGCGACGCCAACCAGUACCUGUCGUUCAAACAUGUGUCGGCCGCGGAUCUCCAUUCGUUGGAAGAAAGUCGCGAUCAGUUGCUAGGGGCGGUUCGUCUCACCUACUUCCCCGACAUUGAGACCCUUUUGAUCAAGGUUCCAACUCUCCACCAUGAGAAGGCGCACCGCAGUUUUGCCGAGGAGACCGUCACUGCUUUGACGAACAUGGGGGUCCGCGUCAUGGAGCGUGAACCUACCGGGGCCGGGCGAUACACGGCGCGCUCGGCUUCUCGGAAGGAAGCAGACUCUUCGUACAGGAAUGGACUGCUGAGACCGACCGGCACCGACUGGCCCCAUUUUGUAAUUGAGAGCGGGCUCUCCGAAUCGUUAUUCCGACUCCGCCAGGAUGUUAACUGGUGGAUUGCGAAUUCAGGCGGCAGCGUGUUGCUCGUCUUGCUCCUGAAAGUCUCACGGUCAGAUCAGACGCUCACGAUAGAAAAAUAUUUCCCGCAGCGCCAGCCAGUCACUCGGGCGCGCGUUGCCGCCGGCGGAUCUGGCUUUAUUCCCCAACGCAUCACCAAAACGGUGGUCAAGGUGGGAACUACACCCCCCUCUGUUCAGGGACCACCGGUUGUGCUAGAGUUCAACCGAGUGAUUGGCAGACAGCCAGUAGCCCCGCGUGAGAGGGAUGUGGUCUUUGCGCAUGCAACAUUGAUCGAACUCGCACUCAUGAUCUUCAAAUGACUUGCUGUCUCUUCCACAAUCUCAAGCUUUCUGAACGCAGGUUUCGUUGGUAGAAUGAGCAGGGAGGACGUUUUCUUUUCUCUCUCUCUCUCUUUUGCUGUCUCCUUUGUGCCCACCAUGAUUCAUCCAUUUCCUUCAAGAGAAACGAAACUUCUCAAGCUCCUCCACUCCAUCUGAUCUAGUGCAUGAUUUUUG